UCAGAGUCAGCUGUGAAUUAUUGAUCAGGUACGUCUUUCAGAGCUGCAGACCAUGUCCUUUAGUGAAUCCAGAGUUAGUGCACACGAGAGAGGGGAAUGUGAUCUGCUGGAGAGGGAUUUAUGAGGGUGAAGGAAACCGUCUGUACAGACACAUCUGCUCUGUUUUAAACUCUUGUUGCUCCGGUGCCCCUGCUUUAACUUCCUGUAACACAACUCAAUGAGUAAACUGAGGAAGCACAUUCAGACCAAUCCAGACUGGUGAUCAUGGAAGAUCUUCUGCUGAUGGAUGGAGCCAGUCUCUGUUCAGACAUCACACCUGAGUGUUUGUGUGGAUCUGAACGAUUUCAAUCUGUGUCUUAAACCCUCGGUCUCGUUAGAAUGGUGUAAUACACACACACACACGUGCACUUUGAUUAUCUGGCGUCUGACUGUGACUCAAACUGCAUCUUUUGCUUUAGUUCUGAAAAUCAUAGAAAGUGAAGGCUUGCUUACUUUGACCUUUGGUUGAUUAUUUAUUUUUUUAGCACUAUUGAGAUUCACUGUGAAUUUAAAACUUCACUUUUUCAUUUAAGCAAGUGAAAAAUGAUUAGUUUUUAUUAUUAUUAUUAUUAUGUACCUAAUGAUGUAAUAAUAAACGAGAGGUUUGUUUUCACGAUGUUUGUAUGGAGUGAAGCAUGUAAUAUCCUGGACGGACAGACGUGUGACGCUUUCUUCAGGUCCUGAGGAUAAAACACAUCAUAACCUCGGUGUCUGUAACUAACAACGACUCUCUGUUUGAUAGAUCUUCAUAAUAAAAUUGAUAAUAAUGUACACAUUUAAUCAUGUGAUUCAUUUUCAUUUAUAGCCUCACAAUCAUUAACAAUCAUCAGUCUCUAACUAAUGGUUUAACUCUAAAUUUGUCUUUAAAAAUAAAGGUUCAAGCCUAACUUUUGAAUAAAACCAAAAAACUUGUGAACGGAAUUGCUGAACAUCAGCACAACUGUGGCUCUGAGGUUAAUUUUAAUCAAGAAUUAAAAUAAAAAGGACUGUCCAGUUAAUGUAGAUUGUUCAUUUAAUCUCCAACAAAAAUCGGUCCAAACAAGUCUGAGAAGAACUUCGAGACACCGAACCGAUUCUCGUGAACGAGUCGUAGUGAGUCGUUCCUCAGUGAUUCGCGGAGCAUCAUGGCGGACACUGAACCGAUUCUCGUGAACGAGUCGUGGUGAGUCGUUCCUCAGUGAUUCGCGGAGCAUCAUGGCGGACACUGAACCGAUUCUCGUGAACGAGUCGUGGUGAGUCGUUCCUCAGUGAUUCGCGGAGCAUCAUGGCGGACACUGAACCGAUUCUCGUGAACGAGUCGUGGUGAGUCGUUCCUCAGUGAUUCGCGGAGCAUCAUGGCGGACGCACACAGCAGCAGUAACCUCGUCCCGGUCUUGUUCUGCUUCUCGGAGCUCUCUCGGCCCUCGUCCGUGCCCCUGGGCUCUGGCUCUGAAGUACUGAUCCAGAAGUUCCUGUCCAUCUACGGCCAUCAGAUCGACGUCCACCGUAAGCUGGUGCUCCAGUGUUUCUCGGAGGAAUGGGGUCAGUACGUAGAUCUAGCGAAGGGCUUCACGGUCACCGAGAGAUGUCGACUGAGACUCGUGCCCCUGCAGAUGCAUAUCACCACACUGGGGAACCUCUCGCCCGCCAGCACCGUCUUCUUCUGCUGUGACAUGCAGGAGCGCUUCAGACCUGCCAUCAAGUACUUCGGGGACAUCAUCAGUGUGGGCCAGAGGCUGCUGCAGGGGGCUCGUAUUCUGGGGAUCCCUGUGGUGGUGUCCGAGCAGUAUCCUAAAGGUCUGGGCAGCACAGUGCAGGAAAUGGAUCUGACUGGGGCCAAAUUAGUUUUUCCCAAAACCAAGUUCUCCAUGGUGCUUCCGGAGGUGGAGGCGGCACUGGCUGAGAUCCCAGGAGUCCGCAGUGUGGUGCUCUUCGGAGUCGAGACGCACGUGUGCAUUCAGCAGACCGCUCUGGAUCUGAUCGGAAGAGGCUUUGAAGUGCACAUUGUUGCUGAUGCUACGUCCUCCAGAAGCAUGAUGGACCGGAUGUUUGCACUCGAGCGUCUGGCGCGCGUGGGAAUCAUCGUCACCACCAGCGAGUCCGUUCUGCUGCAGCUCGUGGCUGAUAAAGAUCACCCAAAGUUUAAAGAGAUCCAGAACAUCAUUAAAGCCAGCGCUCCAGAGUCAGGCCUGCUCUCCAAGGUCUGAUCGGCCCAGUCUUUCCUCACCACACACACACACACACACACACACCACAGAAACUCACCGGGAAACCCACUGACAUGCCCACCAGCACAUGUGUUAGUACUGGAAGUGCUUACAGUCAUAUAGCAGAUGAUCCAUGUGUCAUUACUGAAUCAUGCUCUCCAGACCAGAAAUAAGGUCAAAUGUUUGUUACUGCAAACACACGCUCUGAAUGUAUCGUGUAUAGAGUCAGUACAGCUUGAGGAUGUCAUUAGAAGCUUUAGUUUGUAUGUUUUCUUUGAGAUAUUUGGGACCUCCAUGACUUUGUAAGGCAUUAGUUUAGAGUGCUCUGUUCUUGAGUUCUUCUGUGCUCUGUAUCUUAAACCUGUAUGGUAUGAACAUCAAGCUACCUCUCAUCUUCACGUGCUGGUUCCUGCUUACAGCUUGGCCAAGGGACUGAAAUCAACACCUUUACCAGAAGCUCCUUCAGUGCAAGCAGAAUAUUAUUUGUAAGAGCUAGUGUCACAGAGCAUCAGAUUUACAGACCGUUCUACAUAUUUCCCUGAGAGUGACAUGUUUGUGUUAACCGUGGACAUGUUAACGCACUGUUUGGUUUAAUGUAUUGUUCAGACUGCAGAGAGGUUUCCUCAAUUGUCAUUUAAAGUUUGAUUUAUUGAUGUUUCUUUUGUGUGUAAGUGUGUAUUCAUGUUGAAAUCAGCCUCCAUGUUGUUGUGUAGAUGUGUAAAGGGAGAAUAAACUGUAUUCGGUGCAUACUGAUGAACAGUCACCACUGAUUGUACUAAGCACAGAUACAAUUUCUUUCUUUCUUUUUGUGUGUCAGUAAUUGUGUGCACUGCUGAGCACAAACCUGUUUUUGGAUCUGCUCUAUAUUGAUCUGAUACAAAUAAAUGUCUAUUAAAGUCCAAAAACAAUA